AUGGAAUCGAAUUGCAUAGAGGCAUUCAAAAGCUUUAUUGAGGAGUACCGUACAGGAAUGGGCAAGGAUAUUGCAGAAGUGAUUGCAAAGAUGGCGCAUGAAGCUGAGCAACGUGUGCUUUUGAGCAUGAAUGAGAUCAGGGUGUUUGACAAGUCGCUAGCAAAGGGGAUUAUUGAAGAUCCAAUGAGUCUUGUUCCAUUUAUUGAAGAUGAGCUGAGCAUGAUUGGAGGGCGAAAGAUGUUUGUGGGUGUGUAUGGAUCCUUUGGCGACUACUCUGUGAACCCAAGAACGCUUUCAAGUGCUUAUCUUGGAAGAAUGAUCUGUCUAGAAGGGAUAGUAACGUCGUGCUCGAUAUGUCGACCAAAGGUGAUGAAGAGUGUGCACUACAGUACAGCCAAUAACCUGUUUUAUUCGAAGGAUUAUAGAGACUCAACGAUGAUUACAAAGCUACCGAUUACGAACACUGUGUAUCCAACUAGGGAUCCUGAGGGAGGCCUGCUGACGACUGAAUUCGGGCUUUCUGAGUAUUUUGAUUACCAAACUGUAGUGCUGCAGGAGAUGCCUGAGAAGGCGCCACCAGGGCAGCUGCCUAGAUCUGUUGAGGUCGUGCUAUCGUUUGACCUUGUUGACAAGGUGAAGCCUGGAGACCGAGUGAAUAUAUAUGGGAUAUAUAAGAGUCUUUGCUUUGGAGGUCAAGGAUUUCCAUUGAAGUUCAAAACGGUGCUGAUUGCAAACAAUAUUGAAAGAAUUGGGAGGAAAGUAGAGGAGUAUGUAGAUGAAGCAGUGUUUAUGAGACUUUCUGUAGUUACUGAUCUACACAAGCUGGUUGCACCGAGUAUUUUUGGACAUGAUGCAAUCAAGAGGUCGAUAGCGUUGCUCUUAGUUGGAGGAAAUGAGAUUGUGAUGAAGAAUGGAAGUAAGAUACGUGGAGACAUCAACAUACUUCUUGUUGGAGAUCCAUCGACUGCAAAGAGUCAGUUAUUGAGGUAUGUUAUGAAUGCAGCACGGCUAUCAGUAGCAACAACAGGUAAAGGAUCGAGCGGAGUGGGACUGACGGCCGCAGUAGUGCAAGAUAAGGAUACAGGCGAUAGAAGGCUGGAGGCCGGAGCAAUGGUGCUUGCAGAUAGAGGAGUUGUGUGCAUUGAUGAGUUUGAUAAGAUGAAUGACGGAGAUCGAGUGGCAAUACACGAGGUGAUGGAACAGCAAACAGUGACAAUAGCGAAAGCAGGGAUCCACACGACGCUGAAUGCAAGAUGCUCUGUGCUUGCAGCAGCGAAUCCAAUGUGGGGGCAAUACAGAGAGAACAAAUCGCCACAGGAGAAUGUAAGACUGCCUGAAAGUCUUUUAACACGAUUUGACUUGAUAUUUGUGACUCUGGACAAAUCGAAUACAGAUAUUGACCAGAUGAUUUCAAGUCAUGUGUUAAGGAUGCAUAUGCUUGAGAAUGGAUAUGAUGAACCAUCUGGUAUUAGUCAGGAUGUUUUUAGGGCAUAUAUUCAGUAUUGCAAGCAAAAAAGACCAGUGCUGUCGAGGGAGGCAGCAGGACUGAUAAUAAAAGAGUACACAUUGCUGAGGCAGAGCAAGGAUAGAAAGGAGCAGGUUGUGUCAAUAACGCCUAGACUACUUGAGACGAUGAUACGCCUUGCUACUGCGAAUGCAAAGCUAAGACUCAGUGAUGUUGUUGAGUAUUCUGAUGCAGAGUGUGUGAUAUCAUUGAUUAAAGACUCACUGUUCCAAAAAUUGAUCAAGCCAGGAAAAAAAGUAAAGAUAAUUGGCAUAGAAGAGAAUGAGAAUGAUGAGUUUGCAAUGGACAGCGCAGGAAGUGGACUGAAGCAGGAUUUGGAAGCAGUGAUGCUUAGUGAAGAAAAGGCAGAAUACAUCAGUAAUGCAUUGUAUGAGUACAGCGUUAACCCAAACAAUCCAAGAGUUUUUGAUAUCGAUGAGUUCGUAGGGCGUCUUGGAACUGGAGUGACAUUGCAAGAGGUUGAGAAGGUGCUUGAGGAUCUUGCAGCCAAGGAUUUAAUUCUUUUUGAGAAUGGAAGAAUAUACCUAAUCAAUUAG